AUGUAUCACUCUAUGUUUGUCCUAUCAAAAGGGGAAGUCUUUAUUGUCCUUCUAGUUUAUAUUGAUGAUAUUAUUUUGGCCGGGAACAACGAAAACAAAGUCAAUGAGGUUAAAAAUUUCUUAAAAACUGAAUUUCUGAUCAAAGAUCUAGGUUUGUUAAAAUUCUUUCUUGGAAUCGAAGUUAUAAAGACUGAUAAUGGUGUCUGUCUUUCUCAACGGAAGUAUUGCAUGGACUUAUUGAAUGAAUAUGGGAUGAGUGGCAGCAAACCGCUUAGUUGUCCCAUAGAACAAAAUCACGUUCUCACUAACUUAACCAAGGAAAAAACCAAUGAUGUCGACAUUACCCAACAUCAGAAAUUAGUUGGUAAAUUAAUUUAUUUGUCGCACACACGACCUGACAUAGCUUAUUCAGUUCACUAUUUAUCUCAAUACAUGCAUAAACCAACUGAGGCUCACACUCAGAUUGCUUUCAAAGUCCUGCGAUACCUAAAAGCCGCCUCGGGAACCGGGAUUAUGUUCACAAAAACCAAUUCCUUUCAUCUAACAGCCUUUGCAGAUUCUGAUUGGGCAAAAUGCAUUGAUAGCAGACGGUCUGUCACUGGUUUUUGUAUCUUCCUUGGUGGUAGUUUGGUUUCUUGGAAAAGUAAGAAGCAAAGCGUUGUUUCCAGAUCGUCUGCCGAGGCAGAAUACCGAUCCAUGUGUAGCGCUACUUGUGAAGUCUUAUGGCUUAUCAAUAUUCUUCGGGAACUCAAGGUUGAUGUUACUAUUCCGGUGGUAUUAAAAUGUGAUAGCACUGCGGCCUUAUCCAUUGCCGCAAACCCAGUUUUUCAUGACAAAACCAAGCACUUUGAGGUUGACCUAUUCUUCUUACGGGAAAAAAUUGCUUCCGGCCAAAUCAAAACUCAUGGGAUCAAGACAGAAGAUCAGCUUGCUGACCUGUUCACUAAAGGCCUCUUACCAACAGCACACUCUCAAAUGUGUAAGUCCCUGGGUCUUAUAAACCUGUUUGCCCAUUCAACCUGA